GUUUCGAGCUAACGGCGUCGCACAGUGAGGGCAGCGCGCAUGGUGGGCGCGCUGAGAGCCUCACGGGAACGCGCCAAGCAGUGCAGAUGUGUCGCAGAUUUGAAAACUCACGGUACGGAGGGAAAGACCAAAUGCAAGCGAAUGAAACGAUGAAAAACAGCCGAAACUGAAACCGAAACAACGCUCCAUCAUAUAAGUGAGGGAUGUUGGAUUAAACGACAUUUUGUGGAUCCUUCACCACCGACAGGCAAUUUAUCGCCACUUUGCGGAGAGGAACGCGUUUACCGGGGCAAACAGCAGUACUAACAUCACAUCCUCGUCCUGUUUGAACGCGGACAGUCACUGCACGGUAGUGAUGGAGCUGUCAGCAAUUGGCGAGCAAGUGUUUGCUGUUGAAUCGAUCAUCAAGAAGAGAGUUAGGAAGGGUAACGUGGAAUACUUAUUAAAAUGGAAAGGAUGGCCGCCGAAAUACAGCACCUGGGAACCAGAAGAACAUAUUCUGGACCCACGCCUGGUUCUGGCUUAUGAGGAGAAAGAGCAAAAGGACAGAGCCCUUGGCUACCGAAAACGAGGCCCGAAGCCUAAGAGACUAUUCCUACAGAAUGUUUACACCAUGGAUCUGCGGAGUGCUCACAAGACCCCUGAAAAGCCUCAAGCCCGUCUGCGCCUGUCCCUCACCCGCUCCCUGGCCCCUGAACCCGGGACUGAGCUUCCACCAUGCCAGGGCGGCGGAGGGAUGCUGUAUCGGCAGCUGGCCCAGCCCAGGAACAAGCAGAGGGCAUCUCAGAUUCUACGCCUCAGCCCACAGCCUCGGACCACCCCACCCGCUCCCAACCGUUCCAAUGGAGACUGGGGGCACAGGGAGGAAGAGGAGGAGGAGAUGGAGGAGGAGGAAGAAGACGUCGGGCAGGAGGCAGAAAGCGACAUGCUAAAUGGGCCAGACCGGGCCGAGGGCUGGAGCUCCUCAAUGAAUGAGGAGUCAGUGACCAUGACGGAAAGGCCAGAGGGAUGGAAUCCAGUGAUGGGUCCAGGAGAAGUGACAGUGACCGACGUCACCAUCAACUCGCUGACAGUGACAUUCAGAGAGGCACUGGCGGCCAAGGGUUUUUUUAGGGACUGGGGGCUGGAGUUCUGAUAUGCUGAGAGGGUGGGUGGGGCAUAGGGGAGGGGGAAGUCCAGAGGAAGUUGGGUUCUGGAGAGGGUCGAGAACGUGACUUCCCUCUGCCCUUGUGCCCCAUGUCCAUGAGUGACUCGUUUCCUGCUUUGUUUCCUCCUGACAGUUCGCUCCUUUCUGUCAGAAGUCACCCAAGGAGACGCACAUGCGCCUGUGUGAAGGCAUGCCAAAAUGCAUACAUACGUGCAUACUGACAGCCUUUGUACGCUGCAUGCGUGGCAGUCACUGUGCGUUUUAACUUGUUGCAAGUGCAGCUGUAGGUACCGCCACUUUCCUCUUGGCUACUGUCUCUUGUGCUCUAUGCCUACAAAGACACGCUCACCCUCCUUCAGUUAUUCUCCUAAAAUCAUCUCCGGUUCAGUAACUGUGUACACAUACUCCUGCCAAGCAUGCUUCUUUACCAACUCCGAAAACAGCCCCACUCAUUUUUUUCAGUGGAUCUCCAUGUAGCCAAGUGGAAGAACUAGACACUGAUUGGACAACCUACGGUAACUAUGGCACAUGACAGGUCAGGAAAACUACUUUGGAUUGGCUGCCCAAAUUCCCCAGGCCAAUUAGUCCCCCUUUGGCACUACUGUACAAUUUUGAUUCACCACUAGAGGGCUCCCCCACAUCACAAUCAGUUAACGACUGUUCAGAUUUCUAAGUCUGACCAAUAGGAGGCCAGUCUGCACGUAAAGGGAUCGAAGUGGAUGCUUUAACAAAGUAAUUUACAGCUGGAACCAAAUGAGGACAAAUUUUACGAAAGAAGCAUCCUGAGCUUUUAAGAGAUGGACGCUUAAAGCUGUGAAAGUUGAAAUCGAAAUGUGUUUUCUUGUUGGACAUUCGUACAUAAAAGUACCAAAACUACAUUUACGCUAAUCCAGAAUAAUAAGAAACGGUCAUAUCAUAGAUUUUUUAUGUCUUCAUCUGCUUUGACGAGAGACUAUUUGUAGUGAUCAGUAGGUAUCUUCUGUGCAUCACUUUCCACCCGUGCAGCAGCAACAGAAGGGACUUGCGCUCCUCCCCCAACUGACAAUUACGAGUCCCGAUGACUCAGAGGCAAACAGGUUCACAAAUGGAAUUCAGAGCACUUUAGCGGAGGCUGUUUCUGUAAUUACGGUCUGCGAUGAAUAUUUGACCAAAUUCAAUAUCUGUUAGCGAUCUGAAAACGGGGGACAAACGUAUUGUUAUGCAAAUGUGAUAUCGCGAAAUAAUUAACAGCAUAAUAGUUUUGGGAGAUCACUCGUAAUCGUAUUUAAACCCCAAAUCCCCUAUUUUUUCUACCUACCUUCAGCACAUUGCUGGCACCUUAAAACGAUUUGUAGUUAAAUAUAAUUCAAUUGGUGUGUUUCAAAAUCAAUCAGGCUGCAUAGAAUUAUUUGUUGCACUUCUCAGAAUUUGUAGAUACAGACCCUUUUUUAUUGCACUUAACGGUCACACACACUUGUGUGAGCAGCCCUUGUGUUCUGUCACGUGGUUACGUGUCUGUCGUGCACACCUUUCUUUACUCCUCCACUUGGCCCUAGGUAUGGUGAAAAAGGUAAGUGCUCAAGCCUCUGAGGUAGAAAGUGAAGCACUGAAGGCGUAGGACGCAGGUAAGGGGAUAACUGUUUUGUGUCAUAUAUUUUUCAGACAGAAAAAUAGUGUGUUAUUUUCACAGUACGGACUGAAUGUAAUGUAUUUAUUUUACAUAAAAGAAAUUUUGUGUGUUUCCUAAGGAGGUACAGAUUUUAUUUUUACUCCGUGAUUUUGGUUGACAAUGCCGUUGCUAUGGCGAUGAUGAGUAGGAGAUGUGCACACGUGUGAAGCCGGUGUACGUGCUCGCUUCUGCUGCAUUGUGUUCAUCAUUGAGUAAAACUGCACUUUACAACUUGUCUCUCUUUUUUUAAAUGUAUAUUGUGAAGCUACUACUACAAUUUCUCAGUCUUUGUAUACGUAAACACUUAUAUCAGCUUUUUUUAUUGGUCUAAAAAUAAAUAUGUGGCCAAUAUUUUACAUA